UUUAAAUUAAUAAAGGCAAGAAAAAAAAAAAAAAAAAACAUCAUCCACACACCACAUAUUUCUCUCCCGCCUAAUCCUCCGCGUUCCUCACCCGCCGACGCACCGAUCUUUUCUUCUACUUGUGCCUCCGCCGCCUUGUUUAGACCAAUUACUUUAUCUAAUGGCUCUCUCCUCGUUAAUCUCAGCCACUCCGCUCUCCAUUUACGUCCCGAGAUAUCUACUAGUGAAAUUACCUACGCGCCGCCGUUUCCACUUGCCGUUAGCAACUCUUGGCUCAUCAUCGUCUUCGGAGUCAUCGGCAUCGACCCCUACCUCGAUCCCCGUCAACGGUACCACGUUGACCAGUUCUUAUGGAACAAAAACUCCCAAGGACAACAGCCCAUUUGCUCAGUUCUUUCGUUCCACCGAAGCCAACGUUGAGAGGAUUAUAUUUGAUUUCCGGUUCUUGGCGCUUUUGGCUGUAGGAGGUUCGUUGGCUGGUUCGCUACUCUGCUUCCUCAAUGGGUGUGUCUACAUCGUUGAGGCAUAUAAAGUCUACUGGACUAACUGUGCCAAAGGCAUCCACACAGGCCAAAUGGUUUUACGCCUGGUCGAAGCUAUUGAUGUUUAUCUGGCUGGAACAGUUAUGCUGAUAUUUAGUAUGGGUUUGUAUGGACUCUUCAUCAGUCACUCGCCUCAUGAUGUCCCUACGGAAUCCGAUCGUGCACUUAAAAACUCUUCUCUCUUUGGAAUGUUUGCCAUGAAGGAGAGACCGAAGUGGAUGAAGAUCAGUUCAUUAGAUGAGCUGAAAACCAAAGUUGGGCAUGUUAUUGUUAUGAUUCUUCUUGUGAAGAUGUUCGAGAGAAGCAAGAUGGUUACCAUCGCCACUGGUCUUGAUUUGCUCAGUUAUUCCGUUUGCAUCUUCUUGUCCUCUGCUUCACUCUAUAUUCUCCAUAAUCUCCAUAAAGGAGAGCAGUAAUAAAACCUUUUGUAAUUCGUUUUCUCCACUUGUACAGUAUAUAUGACCCAAAUCCAAUAUGUGUUUUUAGUUGUAAUUACUAUAUAUUAAUAUUUUGGAACAACCAA